GGGGAGGCUGGUGCUGAGCUGACCAUUCCUGUCCCUACCGGCACCACCGUCUGGCUCGAGCAGCACCAGAAAUUGCUGGGUGAGAUAAACUGUGCAGGGGACAAGGUGUUGGUGGCUCGAGGUGGGCAGAGCAGCAACCCCAGCAACCAGUACAAUGGGCAGAAGGGACAGGGACACAUUGUGAAGCUGGAACUGAAGCUGUUGGCCGAUGUGGGUCUGGUGGGCUUCCCUAAUGCUGGCAAGUCCACACUGCUGUGGGCCAUCUCCAGGGCCAGACCCAAGGUGGCCAGCUACCCCUUCACGACGCUGCAGCCAACCCUGGGUGUGGUGGAGUACAGUGACAUGCGGCGGCUGACCAUCGCUGACCUGCCAGGACUCAUUGAGGGUGCCUGGGCCAACGUGGGGAUGGGGCACCGCUUCCUGCGCCACAUGGAGCGGACACACUUCCUCCUCUUUGUGGUGGACAUCAACAGCUUCCGGCUGUCACCCAAACAGCCAUACCGCUCACCCACCGAGAAUGUCAUGCUGGUCAACAGGGAGUUGGAGCUGUAUUCACCUGACCUGCUGAGUAAGCCAGCACUCCUUAUGGUGAAUAAGAUGGACUCUCCCAAUGCUGAGUCUCGCCUGCAGGAACUCCUUCACAACAUUAAGAGGAUGGAGGACUAUGUGUUGUGUUGCUCCUGUGGUGCCAAACUCACAGAGAACUCAUGGGAUAACUUUGUAAACAUCUCCAUUCCACUGUCUGAGGCAUCUCAGCAGGUGACCAUCCUGGGACACCCCCACCUCAUGGUCCAGACCCACAGGAACCCUGCUGACCUUGCUUUUGACUUGGUGACUGUCAGGAGGUCAGGCUGCUCAGGAGUGGGAGAGGAUAUUUGAACCAGAAAGCAAAGCCAGCACAACCCACUUCAAAGCUUCCUUGGAGGGUUUCUAUGGACUCAUUCUAGAGAAACUGGUCACUGAGAAAUUCUCCUAAACACAGAGGCAGGCAGUCUCCCUAUUGAAGCAGGCUGAAGCUAAACACUUGAGGCAACAAGAUUCAAUCUACUUUUACAUUUCAGACUCUCUCCUCAUUGGCCUUCCCAAGCACCAGCAGUAUUAACACAAUGGCACAAGACAGGGAGGACAUGGUGCCUCUCGAUCCCGAGCUUCUGGCUGAGCUGGAGGAGGAAGCAGCCUCUCGCUAUACUGAGGAGGAUAACCAGUUUACAGAGGUUAAGUGGUGGGACUUUGGCUGACACAUGGUGGCAGUUAGAGGAAAAUGCCAUCAUUAUUGGAGCAAGACAGCUGAAGGAACAGAACCCCAUGAUUCUUCUGGAUGUCAGUGUGAGUGGCGGAGCAUAUCAUGCUCUCCAGAAGCCUCAAACCUAGAAGCCAGGUGAUGUACUGUAACUCAGUUUACUCCAGUUUGGUGGCACAUUUUCUUGUAUGCAGUCCUGAUUUGUACCAUACAGUCACUCACUGUGUAAGUCUUUGACAUCACGAGAAAUUUGUGCACUUGUAUAUGCAUGCAUCACAAAAUGCUGCAGAUGGGAUGAGGUAAGUGAUACUUCAUAAAAAGGCACAUAUUUCUCAAGAAAAGUAAUUAAAACUGACCCAUAUUGUCAAUCAAAGCAAGUGGGAAGAACUUGAGUAUUGCCAUUUAGUAGGUAUUUUUGGCAUGCAGCUUCUCUGUGGUGAAUACAGUGGUAAAAAUAACUAACAUGCUAGUUGGCCACAUGCAACUCACCAAUCAUGUCAAGAUGUGCUGGCUGGACUUAUUUUACUCUAUCCUUCCACCUUCCUGUGAUUCUCUUCUCCUAUUACUCUCUCACCUUUCACCUUACUUGUUCAGCACUUCUGUCAGCUUUUCCUGCUCUCAUUCACCUUAAAUCUACUUGCAAAAAGUCCCUCCCUCCGUUAGGUGUUGGUCAGACAUCACUCUACCUUUUCCUCUCAUCAUUCACAGGCAAUAUUUUUACUGCUUCCCUGACACUGGUGGUGACAAUUCUUCAUCUGCUUGCAUCACUCAAGUAUGCUCAUCAUUAUCCUUCUUAAAUAUAAAUAUUUCCAGUCACUAACUGUCACUGAAAGCAUAGCCCUAACAUUCUUCCUCCAAUUUAAUUUCUUUGAAGUGCACCACACAACUACACCUUAAACUACACACAGUGGAACCUCGGUUCGUGAACAUUCCUAUUUAUGAACAAAUCACUUCAUGAAUAUUUUUUUAGAAUUUUUGCCAUGGUUCUUGAACAGUGUUUCUGUGUGUGAAUGCACAAACACCCUGCAGACCCCCUCAGCUGGCAAGCACACACACACUUGUGUUUUGGCAUGCCUGCCGUGAACAUUGUGACUAUCACACACUGGCAAGUCACCCAAGUCAGGUGCCUUCCCAGCUGUUGGAGAGGAGCUAGACCUGGAUCUCCUUUACCCCAUUCCACCUCUAGUAAAUUGCAUGCCUUCUUAUUUAGCUGGCCUCUUUUUACUUUACUUUCAGGAUGGUUAUAAAGAUGAUAAUGAUUGGAGAGAAAAGACACCAUCUCGCCUUGCACCAAACAUGCACUGGCUGGAAGGAAGUACUGGAGCAAGACUGUAAAGGAGGGAUUUUUCUGCAUAACAGUAUGUGCUCUAUUGUCCAAUUACAUUUCACCUCAUGUCCCAUUAUCUGGAUGCCCAAAGAAAGAGUGCAUCUGUUAGACAGGUUUAUAAGACGUGAGGUUGUCAAGAAUUCCUGGAUCACAGACACAAGGUGGAAUUUGGGAAGCAUGUGCUGUCAUGAGUAGUGCAACAAUCCCCAUUUUACAUAGACUUUUAUGCUCAAAUAUUUCCUUCCAGCCAACCCAUGCCUGGUGCAAGGCAAGAUUUUGUCUUUUCCUCUCAAAUAACUCUUUCCAACCAUUCUGAAAGUUGAAAUAGGAAGUGGCAGACUUAAUUAAUUUAUGAAGGCAUGUGAUUUAGAGAUGGAGUAAGGUAAGGGCUCCCAGGUCAAACAGCUGGGAAGGCACCUGACCUUCAUAUCAGUGACAUGAUAUAGCCUGAUGUCCAAGAAACUUACACCUUUCUGUGGUUACUGUAACUUCAUUCUUGUCAAAGAAAAAAAAAAAAAAAAAUAAUAAUAAUAAUAAUAAUGCAGUUUCUGAGAUUGGAAUAGAUGAAUUGUAUUUUAAUUAAUUUAAAUGGGAAAACUUGUUUUGGUUUGUGAACUGAGGUUUCUACUGUACAUAGAUCCCAACAAAGUUCAGAAUCCCCUGAAUCCCUCCUCUCUACUCUAUAGCAGCUCCUUGUCUCCUUGUCUAUGAAAUGACCAGUAUUUGAUAUGUUCCAGCACUGCAAGAAGAGCCUGCCUAAGCUGCCAAUACUCCCUGCUGACAGAUUUGACCUCAACAGACAGUGCAGAGGCAACUUUAGGCAUCAAGACUACAGGAAGGAAGGAGGCUGCACGGAUCAAGGGGAGUACAGAGGUCAUGGGAAUUAUAGGGAUCGUGGGAAUUACAGGGAUCACAGGAGGGAAUAUUCUGACCACAGGCAAGGGAGGUUUGUCAGUGACCACAGAGAUCAUGAUGACAGCAGAAGGGAUAGCGAGAAGAGGAAGUACAGGUCUGAGAAGGAGAGUGAUGAGUAUGGAAGAAGGAAUUACCAGUCCAGCAAAUACUACAAUGGGUGGGGGGGGGUGUCAUCCUGUUGAGUUUUGUGAAUCCAGUGGCUGGUAUAUUUAUCUUUCAUCAGGGACUUCACACAAGCUUCCACGCCAUUAAUUCUUUGACCAUUACCAAAGGUUACUGACAUUUAAUUUACAUUUAAAUGCCUGCCUGCCUGUCUGUUCAUAUCUUUCUCUCACAAUGUACUCACCAUUCACUUGUGAACAUUUAGAUUUUUAGGAAAUAUUUUUGAGCAAGUUCCUUCAUCACAAGGCAACCAUCUACUAAAAAGAAAAAAAAAUGGAAUAUAUGUUGGCAUUUCCUUGAUUGCUUUUGGUGUUAGUGUGUGACUUUCCAGAGUGACAAUACAAGUGUUAUCCCCACUACAAGUCAUGCACUAUAUAUAACAUCACUGAGUAUCUUUUCUCUCAUUUUCAUAUAAAUGUUUGUAACAUUUUCAUAUAAAUGUAUGCUAACUUUUAUGUGGACUUACUGUAAGAUUUUUUAAAAGUAAAGUAUUUUUCCAA